AAACAACCUUAUCCAAGAUGAAGACACACCCUUUGGAAAGAGUCUCCCCUGACUUGAAAGCAAAGGAGGGGAAAUGAAGUUGGAAGCCAGGUGUGGUGCAGCCAGCUCAGAGGUCCCUAAGCCUGAAAACAAGGCCAAGUCAGAUGCUGAGCCACAUUCAGACGGGCCUGAGGCCAAGGCCAAGCCCUUGGGGGCCAACCCCAGGUCCAGAUCCGGGCCUGACGCCAAGGCCAAGCCUUUGGUCUUCGUGGUGGCACAGGACAGGAGUUUGAAGAGGUGCUGGCCAUCUCGGGGGGCAUCUCCAGUAGGCCUCGACUACAACGUUCCCAGCCACUACCACAGCCGGCUCCGGGAUCCCGACGGCACCGUGGUGCUGGCCAAGCGUAAAGGAGUGAUCGUUCUGGAGUCGGUGCCCUUGAUCGACGCCAGGGAGACCGUGCUGGUGGAGGGGCUGCGCGUGGCACCCAGGGAGCGCGGCAAGGGCGUAGCGCGACAGCAUCUGGGGGUCAGGGUGGCACAGCUCACGCGGGACAACCAGCUAGGCCCCCGUGAGCUGAAGAAAUGCCGCCCCAUCACGCAGCAGGUGAGAAGGACCCGAGAGCUCGGAUGCGCCUCCCUUAUCCUACCGAAUAAUCUGUUUCCCACCCUUCCCCUCCCCUCGGAGACCCAGGGCCCCACACCGACCUCGCCCCUCCUUGGGGAUCCAGGCACAUAUUCAGAGGCACGCCUCCUGCUGUCGCCCUCCGCACAGCGCGACGAGCUUCCAGGAGGGACCAUCAUCCAGGACUGGCAUCCCUACAGGCCGAGGGAAAGCAGCCCGCGCCGGCUGGCGGAAGGCCUGGAGUGGCGCGUGGACACCCGCGUGCUCACGCUGUGCACGCGCCCCUUUCCCAUCUCGCAUGGCGGUGACGGCACGUGGCGCUACCUCAACAUCAGCGCCUUCGGCAGCGAUGACGCGCAGGUGCAGAGCCAGCUUUUGCAGCAUCUGCAGCGCCAGGCCCCGCGCCUCGCCGGCCUCAUCGUCAUGUGCCGGCUUUUCCUAGCGCCCCAGUUAUGGUCACAGCUGGCUGACUUCUGCCAGGCCGGCCGGGGGCUCGAGCUGGUCAAGGGUGAUACGGAGCAGCACCUGCUGGAGGCCGCCAUCUAAGGCGUGUCCUAUCGGAGGGGACAGAAGCAGCACUUCAGAUCUGCAGAAAGCCCCGACUCCCUCUGUUCGCAAGCUCCGCCCCCUGCCCCUGCUCUCCGCGGUCGGCUCUGAAGCCUCACCUUACUCGCAGCGCCCUAACUUUUUACCCUUACUUCUCUGGCGCGACCCGAAGCUGUUGCCCACGCCUUGGUCCGAACCGCCGGGUUUGGGGGAGGCCCUUGCGCUGCGAUUGUCCACCCUUUCCCCCUUACUGGCCGAAGAAUGGGUUCCAUCCCAGACUUCAGAGCCUUUCCUUGUCCGCCGCCUUGGCCUGACAGUGAAUUCGGCCCUUCUUGGCUUCUCCCUUCUACCCCCUCGCGGAUGGGAGCGGGCAGAAGGAUGUGCUAUGCCCAGCUGCCCAACACGUAUUACUUUUCUUCCUCCCGCCCUUUCUCGAGCUCUCAGAGCUUGCCCUGCACUCUCCUCCUUGCCUCCUUCUUGGCCUCCUGCGCUUCUCCAUCACUAUCCUCUCCCUCCUUCCCUCUGUGCCCCCACUCUUCUCCUCCCCGGGCCUCCCAGACACUUAGCUCCCCGUGGCCCAUUUGUCUGCUCCUCCAUUCCUCUUCCCCAUGACCUUUUCAUCACUCACCCCGUUUGCAAUACGGAGCCUGUCAAUGAACUAGAAUUAUAAUGCCCUGUUGAACCCUCCAGGGACGCAUCUUUCCAAGCCUGCCCCCUCUGACAAGUUUCCUCCAACUUUGUACCAUGUUGCUAUGCCAGAGGCCCCCUUCCCAUGCCCCAACCAGUGGCCUGAACUAGGCCAUGGACCAGGGGGGGGGUUGGGUUGGAGAGUCUGGCGUGGGAGUGCAGAUUCCUCAGCCCAGUAUGGGGCUGUUCUCCGGUUCUGAUCGGGCUGCCUUCUAGCGCCACUGGAACCCCCACCUCCGGUUAUUUCUGGACAUCCCUCCCUUCCUCUGGUUUCUUUAGGGUUUUUGGACUUUGGCAGUUUUCUAUUUGAGUCCAAGUAGUAACAGCUGGAAGUACACAGCGCUGUCUCCUACACUGGAUGCUCAUAUCUACCACGGAGGGAGGAAACAGGUUCGCAAAGAUCAAAGUGACUUCCAAGUCAUUCAAAGUAGCUUGGAGCCAGGUAGGGCCUAGAAUUGCGGAGUCCCAAGCCCUGAGCAUGCUUCAGAACCUCACUCCGUGGGACCGUGAGUGCUGGAACUUCUUGCUGGACGAUGGACAGUUGGUGGGGAUUUGUUAACAGCAAGCACAGGCGUCGCUGGGGAUGGAAUCAAAGACGUGGACAGAGAAGGGCGCCUGGAGGUGGAAGAAGGUGGGCAAAGAGGACAGCCGCUGCUUCAUCACUUUCCCCAGUUCCGGUUCUGCUGUUGCUGCCUUCGGCGUCUGGCCAUGCUGCCACCCUCCCUGUCACUUCAACCGUGACUGUAUUGCAAUAAAACGGACCC